GGAAGCUUGGGGGGCGGGCCAAGGGGGGGUCGGGAGUCCGCGGCGGUUAAUUCCUUUUACAGUGCGGCUCUGCUUCCCUCCGCAUGGGCUUUUCUGAAGCUGCGAGAGAUGGUCAGGUCCGGAUCUCGACCGGGCCAGGUAUUAUCUUCAGGAAAGCACACUGGACCUGCUAAAUUAACAAAUGGAAAGAAAGGGACCCAUUUGAGAAAGAUAUCUCGUCUUAAUGCAGAUUCUGGCUAUCCCACUCAUUCUGAUUCAGAAAGUCAGACUGAAACUGUACAAGGGCUUGAUGGUUGUGCUGCUUUGCUGCGGGACAUUUUGAGAAAUGAAGAUUCAGUAGGUUCAGAAAUAGCAUAUUCAGAAAACAGAUAUAACCCCAGACCUGUAGAAAGCAAACGAUAUGGAUCUAAAAAGAAAGGACAUGAAAAACAUACUGUACCUUCUGUAGUCUGGAAGGAAAUUUUAUCUUCAGAUAAUAAGAAAGAGAUUCCUAAUGAUGCUUCUGCUGGAAGUGAAAGAGACUCAUCAGAUAUACCACAAAAUUGGUCACUACAAGAUCAUUAUAGAAUGUAUUCACCCAUAAUAUACCAAGCCCUCUGUGAGCAUGUGCAGACUCAAAUGUCACUGAUGAAUAACUUGGCUUCAAAGAACAACCCUAAAGGAAUUCCUACUGCACCUUGCCACACUGUGUCUGGUUCUGAAUCUCAGGCAUCUUCAUAUUCUAAUUAUAGCUUAUCCACCUCUACCCCAGUCCAGUUACUUCAGCAACCACCCUGCCCUCCAGUGGUUCAUUCUGAAGUUCAGACUGAUGGUGACAACCAGUUUAUAUCACAAGGUAGAACAAUUCCUGUGGACUGUACUGAUGAUGUUCUAAGGAAUUCCUUCAGUACUAGUCUUGGAGUUCCAUGUAGCCUGCCCCAAACUGACAAACCAGCUACUCCAACAUUUCAGCAGCUGGGUCUUGCUAAUGGAAUUCUGCCACAACAAAGAGUUCCUAAGGAACCGGACCUACUAAAGGGUUUCCAAACAUACACGAAACUGUUGGGUUCUCAUCCAGACAGUCAGACUUGCUGCAGCCCCACCCUAUUACAGCCAGAUUUCUUGGCUAUUGAAGAAGAAAAAUAUGUUAAAGAACAAAUUGGAGAGGUUAGAAGUGAAAGAAAGGAUUUAAACAUACCCGUGCAAGAUACAAGAAUAAAGGAUGUGCAGAAUGCAAAAAAUGUGAACCAGAGUGCUGAAAAAGUUAGAACUAUCAAGUAUUUGUUGGGAGAGCUCAAGGCCCUGGUAGCAGAACAAGAAGAUUCAGAAAUUCAGAGGUUGAUUACAGAACUGGAGUUGUAUAUAUCUCUGCUUCCAACAGUAAAUGGAAACACAAAUAUUCAGGUUGAAAUAGCACUGGCCAUGCAACCACUAAGAAGUGAAAAUGCUCAUUUACGCAGGCAAUUGAGAAUUUUGAACCAGCAACUUAGAGAACGAGAAAAAACUCAAAAGUCAUCUGGUUCUCUGGAAUGCAACCUUGAAUUGUUUUCUCUUCAAUCAUUGAACAAGUCACUGCAAAAUCAAUUACAGGAGUCACUAAAGAGCCAAGAAUUACUACAGAGUAAAAAUGAAGAGCUUUUAAAAGUGAUAGAAAGUCAGAAAGAUGAAAACAAAAAGUUUGCUGGUAUAUUUAAAGAGAAAGAUCAAACUUUACUUGAAAAUAAACAGCAAUUUGACAUUGAGACAACAAGAAUGAAAAUUGAAUUGGAGGAAGCUUUAGUCAAUGUGAAAAGCUGCCGGUUUAAGUUAGAAGCUGCAGAAAAGGAAAAUCAGAUUUUGGGAAUAACAUUACGUCAGCGUGAUGCUGAGGUGACUCGACUUAGAGAAUUAACCAGAACUUUACAGACCAGUAUGGCAAAGCUUCUCUCAGAUCUUAGUAUGGACACUGCUCGUUGCAAGUCUGGGAGUAAUCUUACGAAAUCACUCCUGAACAUUUAUGAAAAACAACCUCAACAUGACCGAAUCCCUGCUCACACUUCCAUAAUGAGCUAUCUAAAUAAGUUAGAACCAGUUCACACUAUUAUUACACGUUCAGAGCCACUUUCUACAAUUAACAAUGAGGAAAACACAAUGCCAGAUAGACCCUAUGAAAAUGUUCUGCCCUCUGAAGGCCCUCAGCAUACUAAUGCUAGGAACAUGGAAGCAUCAGCCCCUGGAAUCAUUCCUGCCCUUUCAAAACAGGAUUCUGAUGAGGAGAGUGAAAUUACAACUUUAAUAGAAGAUGAGUGUAAUUUGGAUAAGACAAUUUACAUUCCGUUUGCUAGAAGCACUUCUAAAAAGAAAUCACCACUAUCUAAGAGAUUAUCCCUCCAGCUACAGAUCAGUGUUGCUCCACCGCAGAUGGUCAGUGGACUUGUUGCUGAAAAAGAAAAUAAAUUGUGUGCACCUGGAGUUUGUUCCUCUUCCAAAGAGGAAGGAGUUGCACCUGAGAAACUUUCCAGAACAGCUGAUAUGGAGGACAAGCAACUCCUCAGGAUAAUAAAGGAAGCCAUUCGCAAGAUCCCUCCUGCCACUGAGGAGCCAGAGGAAUUGGCUGCGUGUCAUGGCCCCUCCACUUGUCAGAACAGCAGCAUUCAAGUGAAAAGUAGUGCAGUCUCUGAUGGUAGCUUUUUAAAUUCUGAUUUAACCUCUGACUGGAGCACUUCUUUUUCAACGUUCACUUCUAGUGAUGAACAAGACUUCCAAAAUGGCCUUGCAGCACUGGAUGCCAACAUUGCUAGACUCCAGAAGUCCUUGAGGACUGGUCUUCUGGAGACGUAAACUCAGAAGAAAAGUUGUUUUUAAGAAUAGAACUUGGCUACAUUGAAUAUAUAUUUUAAAUUUCUUUAAAGUUUUAUAUUAUGUGUGAAAUAAUAAAUUGUAUGAAUAGUAAAUUUAUUAUUGGAAUAUAUUGACACUGGAACUUUUAAAAACAAGUCAUCUUAAGAAAGUGACAUUUGCUAAGAGAAGAAGGUUGUGUGUAACUAGGAAAAUAUUGUAAGUAUUGUAAAUAAUAUUUAAUUUAGUAUUUAUCAAUUAAGAGUUUAUUCUUACUCUGCUGGGCUAAGGGUGCAGGUUGGAAGGACUCUGGUUAUUCUAAAGGAUAAUGGGAAGGGAGUCUCUGGGUACAAUUUACUAUAUUAAAACUAGAGUUUCUUUUCUCUUUCAGGAUUCCUGUUUGGUUUUUAAUGGCAUUGUGUUUUUAUGUGGAAUGCUCUGUGCUACAGGCUGGUGUUAUUGGUGAGACAUAUAAACAUUUAUUUUAAGAGAAAAAGUGCCAAUAUCUCUAUUUUAAAAAAUCAUUGAUUGGUCCAAGAAAAUAUAGAUAACAUCCUAAGUUAGCAUAUGGUUUCUUAAAACUUUGGCACUUUAUUUUUGUCACAAAUACAUUUAAGACCAUUAAAAAGUAAAAGACUAAUAAAUGCUAACAAAGAAGUUUUAGUUUUGGAAAUUUGGUUUUUUAAAUAAAGAAGUGUUUGUUUUUUG